GGGGCAGGGCGUGGAGGAGGGACCAGGCUGCGCGCUCUCCGGCUGAGGAGCUGGGACGCUCCCGCAGCCCCGCACGCGGCCAAGCUCGGGGCGUCCCCUCCCCCGGGCCUGGCGAACCCGAGGGGUGAAGCUCUUUGCUUUGACAAGCGGUGCGGCGGAGGCGUGGAGAGCGGCGAGCAAAAGAGCGAGCGAGCCAGACUGAGGAAACUCGAGACGGGAACAAAGAGGGAUCGGGUUUUGUGUGUGUGUGUGUGUGUGCGUGCGUGUGCGUGUGCGUGUGUGUGUGUCGGCUCCAGCUCCCGGCAGAAUCUUUUGGGUCUGAGGCCCCUGCUGUGACUCCUCGAGACCCAGCCGUGCCCUCCACUGCCGACUCCCUGCACUCGCCGACACAAACUUUAUUCUUGGGAAACUUCUUCUCUUUCUCUUUCCCUCCUCCUCCGCCCCCACCUUUUCCUCUGGCAGAUUAAAUGCUCCUGGAGAAAGAAAACCGAAGCGAAAGGGAAGGAAAUAAGAAGCUUUAAAACGGACAUCUCCAAUCCGGGUGGCUCUUUUUUUUUUUUAUCCUCCAGGAAGUGGACAUUUCGUUAUCUUCUGAUUCUCUUUGCACCGCCUCUACUGGGACAAACGGAGCCGUUUUGCCUAGCUCCCUUCUUUUCUUGGAAAACAGACUCCCAGAUCGGCAUCUGGGAAAGCAAACGUGGAGAGAUUUGCGUAGAGACGCGCCGACGGACUCUCCACUGGCCUUUGGAGAGUCAAAACUCCUCCGGAACUGGCGUCCUCCGCGCGCAGACCCCGGAGACGCUGGGGGCGUGGGGCGGCCGCCCGGGCAGCCUAGCCUAGCGCGCAGCACAGACGCCCCCAGAGGCGCCAGCUGCUGCGGCCCUCGCAUCCCUGUGUCUUUCGGCGUCGGGGACGGGCGCGGGCGUAGGUCUUUGCGGAGUGGGAAGGCACGGGCGGCCACCGGGGCGCGGGCGCCGCUGCAGCAGCUCCGGCUGCCGGCCGCCAGCCAGGCGCUCUCCAGCCCGGCUUCCGCCUGCUCUCCUUCCUCAAGCAUCCUUUCAAUCCUCCUUCUCCUCCUCCCCUUUUCGUUGACCCCUUCUCUUUUCUGCUGUCGCCUGGGGUGCUCCCCCAGCGGAGCGGAGAUUACAGAGUGGUCGGGAUGCCCCAACUCUCCGGGGCAGGCGGCGGCGGUGGGGGGGACCCGGAACUCUGCGCCACGGACGAGAUGAUCCCCUUCAAAGACGAGGGCGAUCCCCAGAAGGAGAAGAUUUUCGCCGAAAUCAGUCACCCUGAAGAGGAAGGUGACUUAGCCGACAUCAAGUCUUCCUUGGUUAACGAAUCCGAAAUCAUCCCGGCGAGCAACGGACACGAGGUGGCCAGACAAGCACAAACCUCUCAGGACUCCUACCACGACAAGGCCAGAGAACACCCUGAUGACGGAAAGCAUCCAGAUGGAGGACUCUACAACAAGGGACCCUCUUACUCGAGUUAUUCCGGGUACAUAAUGAUGCCAAACAUGAAUAAUGACCCAUACAUGUCAAAUGGAUCUCUUUCUCCGCCCAUCCCGAGAACAUCAAAUAAAGUGCCCGUGGUGCAGCCAUCCCACGCAGUCCAUCCUCUCACCCCCCUCAUCACUUACAGCGACGAGCACUUUUCUCCAGGAUCACACCCGUCACACAUCCCAUCGGAUGUCAGCUCCAAACAAGGCAUGUCCAGACAUCCUCCAGCUCCCGAGAUCCCUACCUUCUAUCCCCUGUCUCCGGGUGGUGUUGGACAGAUUACCCCACCUCUUGGCUGGCAAGGUCAGCCUGUAUAUCCCGUCACGGGAGGCUUCAGGCAACCCUACCCAUCCUCCCUGUCAGUCGACACUUCCAUGUCCAGGUUUUCUCCUCAUAUGAUUCCUGGUCCUCCCGGUCCCCACACAACUGGCAUCCCACAUCCAGCUAUCGUAACACCUCAGGUCAAACAGGAACACCCGCACGCUGACAGCGACCUAAUGCACGUGAAGCCUCAGCAUGAACAGAGGAAGGAGCAGGAGCCCAAGAGACCUCACAUCAAGAAGCCUCUGAAUGCCUUUAUGUUAUACAUGAAAGAAAUGAGAGCGAAUGUCGUAGCUGAGUGCACCCUAAAGGAAAGUGCCGCUAUCAACCAGAUUCUAGGCAGAAGGUGGCAUGCCCUCUCUCGUGAAGAGCAGGCUAAAUAUUAUGAAUUAGCGCGGAAGGAAAGACAGCUACAUAUGCAGCUCUAUCCAGGCUGGUCUGCAAGAGACAAUUAUGGUAAGAAAAAGAAGAGGAAGAGAGAGAAGCUCCAGGAAUCUACAUCAGGUACAGGUCCAAGAAUGACAGCUGCCUACAUCUGAAACAUGGUCUGAGUGGCUCUGUAUAACUAUAAGGCACCUGUAUGAUCUUGAAAACGACUUGUCCACGAUGUGCUUGCUCUUCCAUUCCUGUAUAGAUCACUUCCUGCCUACCCUCCCCCUCCACAGGAUGAGUGCCCAGAAGCACUGCCUCUAGUUUGGGGCUUUGCUUCUCCACUGAUGCCGUCACGUGGCUCCUUGUUUGCCAGACUUCAGUCCCGCUAGUGCUGGCUCCACCUUAUAAAAAAGCCGAAGACAGAUGAAAUGUUUGAUAAGACUUGCUCCUGCACAUAGUGUCCGUGAAAGCUCACAGGACUUGCUUUCAGUUCUGAAGGGAAGUUCUAAAGUCACGGCCCUCCCUGCAGGAAGGUAAAGCUAACGGAGCGCAGUGCCCAGACAGGGAGGAUGCCGUUGACUCCAACGUGAAGAGACUUUUGAGAGGGUUUCUUUCUGCACAGCGAAACUUAACAUAAUCCUGCUGCCCUUGAAGGAGAUUCCUAUUAGAUCACUGAGCUUAGACAAUCCAUGGUGUAGCUCAAAUGCUAGGGAACUCUCAGUACUCUGAACUAGAGUGGGACAGCGGACUAUAAGGAAAAGACCCCACCCAUCAGGAAAGGACUCCUCUGUGAACACAAAAGCCCUCUGAAAACUUGUUUCUGUUCCUUGAAAGACAUGAGUUUCACUUAAUACUUUCUCAUUUCCCAAUGGUGGGAAAUGCCAUUGCAAUUGCUUCAUAUACCCAGCUGUGUCCCCAUCUCCCUGUGAGUUUCUACUUUUGUGUAUUCUAUAAGAAUAUUCACUCUGGUGAAAUCAAGUUGAAACAAAGAAAUUAGCAUUAACCCAGUGUCAACACCUUGCAGCAGACUUUAGGAUUAUUGGAAACGGGAUCCUUAAAAGACAUCCCUCCAAGUUGGAGGUGAUCCCCAAGCUGUGGGACCAUUCAGGAAAUCCAGAUUCAUCCUUAGCUUUUUUAACUAACUUGCCACUUGUGGGAGCUGGGAGCCCAGGGCCUCAGGCAAUGAGACUUACACACGUUCUCCUGUGGUGGCCAAUAUCAUAAAAUGCCAAUUGUUUGUUUAUUCAUUCUGCCAACAUCCAGUGAGGCCUGCUCCUGCAAGCAAGAACUGCUCUAGGCAGUGGGGUUACUUGCCAAACGGACCCUGUCCGUUACCAGAGGCGCUCCCAGUUUAAGAGGAUGCAGACGUACAAAUGGAUAAUUAUAAAAUAAUAUGUUUUAUGCUACCAAGGAAGUGCAUACAGUGCAGUGUGUAAAAACAAAGAUGACGGAAAUCAGAGCGAGCUCAAGGAAGGCCUCCUGCAGUAGGUAACACUUGCGUGCCCAGUCAUGGGGGAAUUCUUGAGUUUGAUAGAACAAUGAUCGAGUUGCUUUCUUUGAGUUUCCAGUAUUUUGGUGCACGUUUCAUUUGGAAUAUGUAACGUCAAGAGUUUGUCAGAAGUCAGAGAUUAUCAAAUACUGAACUUCCCUUUCUUCCUGACUUAAUCAAGAUUCAUAAAGAAUUAAAGAAGCAGAGAAUUAGAAUUUUUGAAAAGCUGGAGAGAAUUAUCAUUCUGAGUUUACUAACUUAAAAACUUAACUUUACAAGUUGGUUUACUAAUAUUUACUUUAGCAAAACAUAAAAAGUCCACUAUCUUAAAGUUAUAUAGAUUGAAAAGAUACUCUUAUGAUAUUUCAGUGUAUUUCAUUUGAUUAUAUAACGUCAAAGGUCUAGUUUAAAAGUAGAAACAAGCUAUCUUUUUUUAAAAAGCAAAAAAUCUCUGGUUAAACGCACCCAGAGAUACAUACAGGCACUCACAUACAGACAUACUUCUUCUGGACACUAUGAUUUUAGCCUUGGCAUAAUCUUCAGCUUGUACACUUGCUGAACUGAGAAAUUAGUAUAUAUUUUUUACUAAAUAAAAACAUUCGCCUUUAUUUCCCUGGUGCCAAGAGGUGUGUGGGAGAAGUAAUUUCUAGUAUAAUAUAGAAUGCAAUAGUUAAUUGUGCAGUGCUUGGAUUUACAUCUUUAAAAAAAUUGUCUCUAGGGCUUCCCUGGUGGCGCAGUGGUUGAGAGUCCGCCUGCCGAUGCAGGGGACGCGGGUUC